GCCAUGCGCAUGUUUGCCAAUGUCCAACCUCGAUGGCGCCUCGACGAGGCUAGCCCGGCCCCCCCUGUGAACCUUUGCCUAGUGCUCUGGAUCUGUCUGUGCCCACUGCUGAUUGGCCACAACUUUUACGAACCGGACCAAUGCAACUGCCGACCGGCGGCCCUUUUGCCAUCGCCGUGUGCUUCACCUCGGCCCCGCGGCGGGCUAUAAGCUAGCGUCCCUCUCGCGACACUGGCGCAGCGCGAUAGGGUCAACACUCGUGCUCCGCGAUCCUCACCCGGAACUUACACUGCAAAACUCGACACACAGAGUCACACUGUCCGCCCUGCCCGCCCUGCCACCGCCAUGGCCGACCUCAGCGCUCCCGGCGAGCUCGCCGUCCAGCCGCACUUCCCCUUCCUCCAGGCUCUCCAGCAUGGCGCCAUCGCGUGGUCCGUCAAGGGCGUCAUCAACACCCUCCUCACCUUUAGGCAGCUGGGCCACUGGUGGAACAAGAGCCCCAACGCCCCAGACUUGGUCAAGACAUAUGCGUGCCGGUCGUCGCUGCCCAUCAGAAUCUUCUUCCCCAAGGGCUACGAGCGCAACAGCAAGGCCCUUCUCCCCACUCUCUUCGUCAUCCACGGCGGCGGCUUCCUCAUCGGCGACCCGUCCGACGACGACCUCGUGAACCGCCGCGUCGCUGACACGCACAACUUCCUCGUCGUCGAGCUCAACUACCGCAAGGCCCCCGGCUCGCCCUUCCCCGUCGGCCUGCACGACCUCGAGGCCAUCCUGCUCGCGCUGUACAAGGACCUCGACAGCCCCGGCUCGGAUGCCUGGCUCCCCGUCGACAAGUCCCGCGUCGCGUUCAGCGGCUUCUCCGCGGGCGGCUGCCUCGCUCUCGGGCUCUGCCAGCUCCCCGCGAUCCAGACCAUCGUGGCGCCGUCCGCGGUGAUCCCCGUGUACCCGGUCGUGGACCAGAGCAUUAAGCCCGGCGAGCGCGCCCUGCGGCGGCACUACAAGACCAGCUUUCCCGGCCUGCGCGGUGACUCGAAGGACCUGCUCUCCCGCAUGUCGCCCUAUUUCGUGUGGAGCUAUCUCCCCUACGGCCAGGAUCUGCGGGACCCGCUGCUCUCCCCGUUCUAUGCGAAGCGGGAGAGUCUGCCCAAGGGUGUGUUUGUCGUGGGAGCUGAGCUGGAUCAGUUGUGCCACGAGGGGUGGCGGUUCGCGUGCAGACUGGGAGGGAAGAGGGUACCGCCUGACUCGGCGGAGGAGAAACCUGGUCGGGAGGAGCCCGGGACGGAGACGGGCAAGCUGGUGACCGAGGGUGGAGACGAGAGGUUCUACUGGGAGCAUGAUGAGGGCGGCAAGUCGGAACGGUGGUUGCUGAUCCCGGAUGCGGUGCAUGGGUUCAAUCUGAUCCCGCCGAGCAUGCAUGCUGAUCCGGUUGCUGUCAAGGACUCCAACGACAAGGCGAUUGCGUACGAGAAGAUGAUGGCGGAGUGGUUGAACAAUGUUAUCUGGAAGAAGUGAGCUGGCAGAGAGAGUAAUCGAUACUGAUGGAUACUUAUUUAACUAUAUUUCUCCAAUAUAUAAGCACAGGUAUAGCCUCAGUCCCGCGCGUGACCUACAAUGCCAGAG